AUGAGUCAAGUCUCUGGUCUUCUCCAGAAAAAAAUUUCUUGUGUUACUGAAAAGUCGAUAGCAGAACUUUCAUGGAAUCCGGCAGAAACGUUACUUGUUAUCAUCGAAAAUGAUUAUAAUAUAUACUCUUACACUUUUACUGGAGUAUCCUUCGAUCUGAAAUACACAUCUCAACUAACUGCUGAUGUACCCAUUCCCGUUCUUGUGGGCUGGGGGUCGCAGAACACUCAGUUCAGAGGACCAAAGCAGAAACAUUCCAGAGAAGGAGAACAAAGUGAAGUCAAGCAAAUAUCACUUGAUGGCCCACCAAAGUUGUCAUGGAGGGGAAACGGUGAACUCUUUGUGGUGAAUUUUCAUAAUGAAGGCAAACGUUUUUUGAAAGUCUUCGAUUCUGAUUUAAAUCCUUUGCAUCAAUCCGAAGAAUAUUUGAAUCUCUGUCAAGCGGUUUCGUUCAUGGGACAAGGACAAUGUAUUGCAAGCUGUGCUCUAAGAAAUGAUGUUAAUGAUUUAAUAAUUUUUGAAAAGAACUGUAAAGUCAAAGCAGUGUUUGAGCUGCCUGAAAUUAAGGGUACCAUAAAAAAGUUGCUGUACCACCCUCAGAUGAACAUUUUAGCUGUACAGAGCACGGAUAAAGAAGAUCAAACUUACAUAAACAUUCUUCUGUAUUCAAAUGCUAAAUGGUUUUUAAAACAACAGCUCUUUUAUCCAUCCUCAGUUCGAGUUUAUGGCUUCGAAUGGUUAAAUCUACAAGAAAACUUGUUCACAACUUGCAAAUUAGUUGUUUUCACUUCCAGAAAUAUUGAGCACCAUGUGUUUCGAUUUAUAAUAAACAGAUGCCCACAAACUGGAAUAGUAACUGUGAUAAAUGGCAGAACUGUAGAAUUUUAUAUAUUUGAUGAAAAAAUUAUCCCACCCCCAAUGUAUCUUCACACGUUUGAGCAUACUCAACCUAUAAACCGAAUUUUAUUCCAUCCAACAAGGCAGAUUUGCGCCCUUUUAGAUUGUAUGUUUCAAAUUACACUUUUAGAAAUUUCUAGAGAUGGUAUAAUUUCAACUAUGACAACAGAAAUAUUAACAUCAAAUGGUACUCUGAAUUUUCUUGGAUGGCAAUGGAACACUGAUGAAAAUAUUUAUUUGAAUGUACAAUGUGAUGAUCAUGAUAUCGUUGGUAUCCAACAAUACGGAAAUAUUUCCGUAGACCUGAAAUAUGUUGACGAAAGUUCACCAAAUUUUCAACUCCAAUACGAUGAUACUGACGUAUCCGUUAAGCAGAAGAUUCUGAAAAAAGACUCUGAAAUAAUAUACUUGACCAAACGAAAAUUCACUAUUGACAAUAAUGAACAAGAAUAUGAUUUUGCUUUAGCCAGCAAUAGAGAAUUUUAUGUGAAUGAUACAGUGGUUUGUAAUGGAGUGACUUCUUUUAUAAUAUUCAGAGAGUACUUGAUCAUGACUCAUGCUAAUAGCAAAUUGUAUUGCCACCGGUUGAAAGAUUUCUCGGUAUUUUCGGACAAUAUGGACCUAACAAAACUUUUUUCAAGAGAAAUCGAACAAGGGUCAAGAAUAGUCAGUUGUAACAAUGCGCUACCACCUCAAAUCAUUUUACAGCUUCCUCGUGGUAACUUGGAAAGCAUUGGAUGUAAAAUGAUUACCAUUGAUGUAGCGGAGGAGAUGCUCAGAAAAAAUAAAUGGGAUAGUGUGUUACAAAUUUUGAGAGAGGAAAAAGUGAAUAUGAACGUUUUGAUAGAUCUGAACCCAGUACGAUUCAGUGAACAUAUAGAAGAUUUUGUCAAAGCUGCAAAGAGCUUGGCUUUCUUGAAUACCAUAGUUACUGAAUUCAAUUCGACAGAAAAUUGUUUCGACACGUUUUACAAAAACUAUCAGAUCAGCUCAGUGCCUGCAGCGAAAUGUGAAAAAUUGAAAGUAGUGGAGAAAAUCUUGGAAUAUUUGAUAUCUACCGAUUGCAUCCAUAACUUAUCUAGUAUUAUAGCCAUCCAACAGAAACACAUAUCUCUACAUUCAGCUUUAAGGUCCAUCAAAGAUGUGUAUGAAGCUAAUCCUGAGAAGAAUGAAUCUGUUUGCAGUAAGGCACUGAACCAGUUGCUGAUUCAAGAACAUUUCAAAGAUGUUCUUAGUGCUUCUUUCAGUUUCUUCAACUUGGAUUUCUUGUCUCUAGUUUACCAUAAUAGUAAUGAAGACCCCAAGAUUUAUGAACCUGAAAUUGCUAAACUCAGGGAAUUGACACCCAUUGCGCUAAGAUUCCGAAUGAGCAUGAAGAGCGGGAACUUGAAAAAUGCUGUGAAGUAUCUUCUAAGGUGUGACGAAUUUAGCCAAGAAUAUAUUUCAGAAUUCGUGGUAAAUAAUAAGUUAGAGAAUGCUGCAUAUGCUGCGAUCAGAAAUAAUCAUGACCAUUUCGACUUGGUGACUAGAUUAUAUGCCAAACGCCUUGCUCUUCAGCAGAAACAUAUAGAAGCCGGUUUUAUAUUGAAACGUAAUAAAUUGUUUGCAGAAGCUCUUAUCCAGUAUAAACUUGCUCUUGAGUGGAUGGAAGUGCUAAGUUUGAUGCGUUUAUUGAAGUAUGAUGUAGAGGAAAGAAGGAUUAUGGUGUAUGAAUUAUCAGAGAGUUUACUGAAAGAUAAUAGAAUAGAUGAGGCUGUGAUAUUACUUGAACAUUACAAUAAGGAUUAUCAAAGAGCUGUAGCCACUCUUACUGAGCGUAAAUGUUUUAGAAGAGCCAUUAGUAUGGCUCAGGCAUAUGGUGCCUUUGAUGUAAUAGAAAGAGAUAUUCUUCCUGACUUGAACAAUUACAUGACUUUUUUGAUGGAGAAAACCAACAAUUUCAAAAAUCAUUUUGAAAAGUAUGCUGAUCGUUUGAAGACAGUUAGGGAAGAGAAAAUAUCUAAAUUGGGGCGAGGUUUUGAAGGUUUUCAUGAGGGUGAACAGGAUUUAUAUUCAGAAAGUGGCAGUACGAUUUCUUCACUAGGUUCUUCUAGAGCUACUUCGAGAUCAAGAGGAUCUACUCUGUCAUCAAAAAAUAGAAGAAAAGAGGAAAGGAAGAAAACAGAUUUACGAGAAGGCGGUUUUUAUGAGGAUAUAGCACUCAUGAGAGCACUCCAUAUUUUGUAUGCAGAAACGUCUGGCUUUGGAAAAGAUAUAAGAGAGGUGUGCCUAAUCGUUGAAAACGAUAAUGUAGAUAAUUGCAAAGAGCUCCAUAAAAAAUUCACAGAACUACAGAGGGAUAUGGUUAAGAGGAUUCCCGAAAUUUGGCCAGAUGUAUUCGUUAAAGAUACAGAAACCAGUGACCAUGAUGUAUUGGCCAUCAUACAGAACAAACAAGAUUUAGAUCCUAAAUAUCGCACACCACCUUCAGAUUAUGCAGGAUGCCUUUCUUGGGCGCUGGACAUAUUUUCAUGAGGAUGAUGUUCACUUCUAAGUUACAAUUUUACUAUUACAAAAUAAAACUAGAAACUCAUGUUUUUGGAAAAAAAGA